GGUGAGGAGAAGCGGCGGCCAAGCGGCCUGUGCCGGGCACGGCUGGGUUGCUCCGGGCCGCCAGGGGCUGCUCGCCGGGUCGCCCUCCCUUCCUGCUGACGCCGCCCGCCGGGGCCCGCGCUCGGCCUGGUCCGCGGCCUCCCCGCCGCCGGUCCGCGGCGCUCAGCGCUUGUGCUCUGUGUUGCAGGUCUACCCGGAGCCUCGGAGCGAGAGCGAGUGCCUGAGCAACAUCCGCGAGUUUCUGCGCGGCUGCGGGGCGUCCCUGCGGCUGGAGACUUUUGAUGCAAAUGAUUUGUACCAGGGGCAGAAUUUUAACAAGGUCCUCACUUCCUUAGUGACUCUAAAUAAAGUUACAGCAGACAUUGGACUAGGAAGUGAUUCUGUAUGCACUCGGCCCUCAUCUCAUCGAAUAAAGUCUUUUGACUCCCUGGGAUCACAACCUUUACACAGUCGGACUUCAAAAUUGUUCCAGGGCCAGUAUCGAAGUUUGGACAUGACUGAUCAUAGCAACAAUCAACUGGUAGUGAGAGCGAAAUUUAACUUCCAGCAGACCAAUGAGGACGAGCUCUCCUUCGCGAAGGGGGACGUCAUUCAUGUCACCCGCGUGGAGGAGGGAGGCUGGUGGGAGGGCACACAUGGUGGCCGGACAGGCUGGUUCCCCAGCAACUACGUGCGCGAGAUCAAGGCCAGCGAAAAGCCUGUGUCUCCCAAAUCAGGGGCUUUGAAGAGUCCUCCCAAAGGAUUUGAUACGACUGCCAUUAACAAAAGCUAUUAUAAUGUGGUGCUACAGAAUAUUUUAGAAACAGAAAAUGAAUAUUCUAAAGAACUUCAGACUGUGCUUUCAACCUAUCUGCGGCCAUUGCAGACCAGUGAGAAGUUAAGUUCAGCAAACACUUCAUAUUUAAUGGGAAAUCUGGAAGAAAUAUGUUCUUUCCAGCAAAUGCUCGUACAGUCCUUAGAAGAAUGCACCAAGUUGCCUGAAGCUCAGCAGAGGGUUGGAGGCUGCUUUUUAAACCUGAUGCCACAGAUGAAAACCCUGUACCUCGUGUAUUGUGCCAAUCACCCAUCUGCAGUGAAUGUCCUCACAGAGCACAGUGAGGAGCUGGGGGAGUUCAUGGAGGCAAGAGGUGCCAGCAGUCCCGGGAUCCUCGUGCUGACCACAGGCCUCAGCAAGCCCUUCAUGCGCCUGGACAAAUACCCCACACUGCUCAAGGAGCUCGAGAGACACAUGGAGGAUUAUCAUACCGAUAGACAAGAUAUUCAAAAAUCUAUGACUGCCUUCAAAAACCUUUCAGCCCAGUGUCAAGAAGUCAGGAAAAGGAAAGAGUUGGAGCUCCAGAUCUUGACAGAAGCCAUCCGGAGCUGGGAGGGAGAUGACAUUAAAACCUUGGGCAACGUCAUUUACAUGUCGCAGGUCCUGAUCCAGUGUGCGGGAAGCGAGGAAAAGAAUGAAAGAUACCUUCUCCUCUUCCCAAAUAUUUUGCUAAUGUUGUCUGCCAGUCCUAGGAUGAGUGGUUUUAUCUAUCAGGGAAAGCUACCAACGACAGGAAUGACAAUCACAAAGCUUGAGGACAGUGAAAAUCAUAGAAAUGCAUUUGAAAUAUCAGGGAGCAUGAUCGAGCGGAUAUUAGUGUCAUGCAACAAUCAGCAGGAUCUGCAUGAGUGGGUGGACCACCUGCAGAAGCAGACGAAAGUCACGUCUGUCGGAAACCCCACCGUGAAGCCUCACUCUGUGCCCUCCCACACCCUCCCCUCCCACCCGGUCACUCCGUCCAGCAAGCACGCGGACAGCAAGCCUGCACCGCUGGCGCCUGCCUACCACACGCUCCCCCACCCCUCCCACCACGGCACCCCGCACACCACCAUCAACUGGGGACCCCUGGAGCCUCCGAAAACUCCCAAGCCUUGGAGCCUGAGCUGCCUGCGGCCUGCACCUCCCCUCCGGCCCUCCGCUGCCCUCUGCUACAAGGAGGAUCUUAGUAAGAGUCCCAAGACCAUGAAAAAGUUGCUGCCUAAGCGCAAGCCUGAACGGAAGCCUUCGGACGAGGAGUUUGCCUUGCGGAAAAGCACGGCUGCUUUGGAAGAAGAUGCUCAGAUUUUGAAAGUCAUCGAAGCUUACUGUACAAGCGCCAAAACACGGCAAACCCUCAAUUCAAGUUCACGCAAAGAAUCUGCUCCACAAGUUUUGCUUCCAGAAGAAGAGAAGAUUAUAGUUGAAGAAACUAAAAGUAACGGCCAGACUGUGAUAGAAGAAAAGAGUCUGGUUGAUACUGUAUAUGCAUUAAAGGAUGAAGUCCAAGAAUUAAGACAGGAUAACAAAAAGAUGAAGAAAUCUUUAGAGGAAGAACAGAGGGCCCGCAAAGACCUGGAAAAGCUGGUGAGGAAAGUUCUAAAGAACAUGAAUGAUCCUGUUUGGGAUGAGACGAAUCUGUAAGGACGUCCUUCAUUCUUUCUGUCAAAGACCAGCUCCAAGAUCAAGCCGGGAACUCCUGACCCAAGCCAGGUGCCAUUCAGGACUGCAGGGCAGGACUGGACACAAAGUCAUCUGCUCUCUGUGCAUAGGAAAGCUGGGGCCCGACACGAAAAUCGAAUGGUCAGCCCAUUACUAAAGAAUCCAGACAGGAGAUGCAUAUGCUGAGGACCUGAGCUGCGUUAAUCUCACUUCUGCUACCAUCUCAGUUACCUCAUUUUGCAAUAAGUUCAGUGACUGACUAAAAGUCCUGGUUUUCCAGACUUUCAAUUGGAUAUAUAAAUACUAUAUAUACAUGUUUCUUGUAAAUAUUCCAUUUUGGAUGCAUACCCAAGGUCGUUGUGUCUGGGCUAAUCCCCAUGCUGGAAUUCCCUUUCCACUAACCCUUGCAGCCAUGUGAAUUAGAAACCCUGUCCACGUGCCCGUCGAAAGCAGAGGUGUGGGGAAGUGUCAGGUAGAUGCCUGGUUGGUUCUGCACCACUAUGCUCUCUAUAGUGCUAUAAAAAUACUUCCCACUCCAGUAUGUCUAAAUAAUUUAACCUUAUUUAUAUCUGCAAAGAUGCUUCCAUCCCAUUCGAAAGUCUUCUCAUAAAGCAGUAUUACAGUCUUAGACCCACCAGCCUCCAAGGGCAGCACGCUGGCUGGCCGAGACCCAGCCCUGAAAUCGGGGGAAUCACCUGCACUGCCUGGUGUCCACCCAAAAGAUGCUUGCUCUCAUCUGCCGUGUCUAAGUACCGUCACUGUCAGAGUGUGCUCACUGCACUUUGGGAGAUCACCCAGACUUUUCUAUAUAGGCUAGUUUAAUAAUGUGACAAAAUGCACUGUUUUUUCCUCCUCCCCCACCCCCCGCAAAGAGAGAUCUUACCUAGAACCUGUAAAUAAAAUGUAUUAUUUAUUAUAUCUCACUGCAGCUGAUGACAGCAGACGGAGGUGAUGCUGUGACUCUGAUACUGGUGGGUAGGGUUCCGCCAUCAGGCGCUGUCAACCCCGAGGUCUGCUUUACCAUCGGGUGCAGCCAGCAUGGCUCAGUGCUCACUAAAAAUAAACUUUCCCUCUUUCAGCAAGAAUAAAGCAAUAUACAUCUUGAGUUCGACUAAGUAAUGAAAACUUAAACAUGGGAACAUUCCCCCACUGUGUCCAAAUGCAGAAGAAACGAGGAAGGAAGCCUUUCUGCGCCCCGGCUUUGCUGGUCUCUUUGGGCCCUGCCGGCUCUGGAGAGUCCGAGCAGCCCUGGACAGGAAGCCCGGCCCAUGGGGCCAGGUUUUUGUUCUUCCGAAAUAAAUAAUGGUGACCACAGGCACUUUCCUUUGUUUCCCUUUCUCUGAAGAGGAUGAUUUUAAAGUGAGAUAAAAUUUUCAUAGAACAAGUGUUAUAUAUGUUAAAACCAAAAUGGCAGCACCAUGCAUUGCAGAAGUCUCAGAACAACUCGUUUGGCAUCAGAUGUGACUUUUUCAUUCUCCAUGUGUUGGUCACAUUGCCCUUUAACUGCACCCAAACCUUUGUAUUCUGAUGCCCUUCAGCUGGGCGGCUUUGAAGAUGGUUUGUUUUCUGGCUGUUUAUGGUUCUUCUUCCAUCCCUUGCUAAUCCCAGUCUCUGUGCCCAAGCAAGCCUUGCCAGUUUCCUGCCCACACCUGGGUGCAGGGUCUGUCUGGGCCCAUGCUUCAGAACCUGGCCGCCUUACUGGGACCUUUAAUGAGAAUUGCCAAUUUCCUAUACUUAGCGUUUUAUUCUCUAGUGCUGGGACAAGAAAAGAUCGAGUCUUUUUCUUUUUUGCCUUUGGUAAGCUCUUUUUUUACAAGUCAUUUUUUUGGUGAUGCGUAAGACGUUGCAGUGGAAAACAGUUAAACUUGAGUGUAUCGAAGUUUGCUGUCGUAAGCAGAUUUUAACUCAGGAACAACUCUCCUCCGAUCUCUCCACCGCUUGUGACAGGCGAUGUUGCUGUGCCGCUCUGCCGAGAGUGAACUCCAGCCCGUUCCCCGGCACCACUACCGUUGCUGUCUGCAUCCCCGGGACGGAUCUCUUACAGACCUGCCUUAAUGAUUAGAUUGGAGUAUUUCAUAAGAACACUUGUGUUUUUAAUGUCUCUUCCCCCAGAAGGGGGUGGUCGUUGAGAUCCUUGUGUUAAUGCCUUGCCUUUUUUUUUUUUUCCUGUGGAUCCAAUAUCUUCCUAGGCUUUUUAGGGAGCAGAAAAAAUGCAUCUGAGAGCAAUUCUUUUUACAAACCUGCCCUGUUGUAUAUAACUGUGUACAUUUCACCGUGUAACCUCCCAAGAGGGUGGGAAUUUGAUACAGAGGUUAAAGGGGACACUAUUUACCCAAGGGUUACUCCUUUGCUCUCACCUUUUAUGGAUGAGGAGACGAAGCCAUUUCUUAUCCUAUAGAUGUGAAGCACUUUCGGUUUUAAACGCUGUUGAGAUGUAGCAUCUGAAGCCCAUUUCACUGAACUCGGUGACGUCUGUGCUUGUCCACAUGCACUGGGCCUCUGGGGCCUGCGAUAGCUGCCCUGGUUUGUGUGGACUUCUUAAUGCCGGCCAUUCUUCACCCUCCUGGACAGCCAGGGCGCCACUGACAGCCUGGAGAAACUCCUGCUUUAAAUGUCACAGGCGGUCCUGUGUAGACUCGUGUGGACUGCUACGAUGUUGAUGCUACAUUGUUGUAAUUAUUAA